UUGCGACCCUCGUCCCCCUCAUCCUUCUCCACUCACCCUUGUCUGCGUCUUCGUACCUUUCGUCCCUCCUCGGGCUCUCCCACAGUCUUUCCUGCAAACUUUCGCCUUAAAUCCACAAUGGCCGAUCUUAUCGAAUCCGCAAAGCGCGCAGCCGGUCAGGCUGCUGUGAAGAACCACUAUCCUAAGGAUGCCAAGUAUGUGGGCAUUGGCAGUGGUUCCACCAUCGUCUACGUUGUUGAGGCCAUCAAGGAGUCUGGCGUCGAUACCUCUCAAACCAAAUAUGUGCCUACAGGCUAUAUUUCCAAGCAGCUCAUCAUCUCCAAUGGCUUGACAGCCGUUGACUUUGACUCUCUCCCCGAAGGAACCGUGCUGGAUAUUGCCUUCGAUGGAGCGGAUGAGGUCGAUGACGACCUCAACCUGAUCAAGGGCGGCGGCGCCUGUUUGUUUCAGGAGAAGAUUGUUGCCCUCCAGGCAAAGGAAUUUGUCUGCGUUGCUGACUCCCGCAAACUUCAGUCUCGUCUCCUUUCGAACUGGAAAUACAUACCCAUCGAGGUGGCCCCCAUUGCUGCCAGCCGUGUCCUUGGAGAACUCAAGGGACUUGGUAGCAUCUCGCCUGCUCUUCGUUUGAACCCUACCGCCCUGGAAGGCGCACCCAAGCCAACCCCUUUGAAGACCGACCAGGCCUUCAACAUCAUUGACGCUCCGUUCAAAACCCUUCUUACCAAAGCAGAUAUUGCAGCCGGACAAGAUGGCACUGGAAAGGAUGGAGUUUGGGAGGUCGAAGCCCUUUCUCGGGCCAUCAAGCAGAUUCCCGGUGUCUUGGAUGUUGGUAUCUUCUCCGGUGAAACUGGCCCCCAGGCACAGGUUCGUGGAGGUACUGGAGGUCAGAAGCCUAUCGCCGCGUACUUCGGCAUGCCUGACGGCUCCGUGUCCGUUAGGAAGGCUUCUGCCUAA